UUCGCGAAAUUAUCAUGUCCUCGUCAUAGAGUGACGCUCGUGGUUGCCCAACGCGUCGGUCGGGAUCAGAAACAUCCUGCAUCGACACCAGCUCAGCUGCGGCACUCGCAGCCUUUUCCUGCAGCGCCUCCACGCUUGCAGAGCGUCCGAGAUGUCGACAUCAUCUGGCAGCCCGGAGUCGUGGAUCGCGUCCUUCUGCUCUCUCCUCGGCCACGAAUACUUCGCCGAGGUAUCAGAAGAGUUUAUCGAAGAUGACUUCAACCUCACCGGUCUGCAGUCUCAGGUGCCCAUGUAUAAGGAGGCACUAGAGAUGAUUCUCGACGUCGAGCCGGAGGAUGAUGACGAUGACGAAGAUGAGGAGGAUGAAGAUGAGCAGGAUGACUCGGGGGAUGCUCGUGGGGGAGUAGGGGGCCGGCAAUACGGCGAACGAAGACAGCACAGCCGCGUCGCCAGUGACCUGUCCGUCAUCGAGUCGUCCGCCGAGAUGCUCUAUGGCCUGAUCCACCAACGGUUCAUCUGCUCACGAGUCGGCAUACAGCAGAUGUCGGAGAAGUACGAGCUGGGCCACUUCGGCGUGUGUCCCCGCACAAACUGCAAUCAGGCGAGAACCCUACCGGUCGGUCUAUCUGAUAUACCAGGAGAGGAUACCGUCAAGCUCUUCUGCCCAUCCUGCCUCGACGUAUACGUCCCGCCCAACAGCCGUUUCCAGACCGUCGAUGGCGCCUUCUUCGGGCGCACGUUUGGCGCCCUUUUCCUGCUUACCUUCCCUGAAUACGACCUCUCCAAGACGGGCGCCGAGGCACUAUCCAACCUCCAUGCGAGCCGGUCAGCUACCAGCAGUAGCAUGGCUAUAGAUGAUAACCUUAUGGUAAAUGGAGUCUACGCGCGGAACGUCGCGCCUGGGCUGGGCCGUGAUAAGAUCUAUGAACCUCGGAUUUAUGGAUUCCGGGUAUCCGAGGUCGCCCGCUCGGGCCCUCGCAUGCAGUGGCUCCGCGACAAACCAGAGGACGUAACCGAGCUUGACGAGGCCCGGCAGUUUGCGCAGGAGCACGGAGACUCGGACGACGAAGACGAGGCCAUGAAUCUGAACGGGAGGACGGUCGUGCGACGUCGUCCACCGGGCAGCGCAAGGCUUCGUCAAAACCAGAGACGGAACCAGAACGGAAGCCCGAUGGCGCUGGAGGCCAACGGCGCAGAGUCGGAACUUUAGCUAGGGGC